AUGCAAAAUGCAGUUGAAGGUGCGUGUGCUGAAGCAGGUUCUAGAGACUUAGUUGUCAGCGGCGAUGGAAGCUGGCAAAAACGUGGUUUUAGUAAUCAUAAUGGUGUUGCUGCUGUCAUAUCCAGUUCAGAUGUGCCUAAAGUACUUGAUAUUGAACGAUUAUCAAAACGAUGUACAGUUUGUGAUGGUGCGAAGAAUAUGAUUAUUAACUUUAAAUAUUAUUAUCGUCAAGCAAUUGUUCGAAAUAAAACCAAUCUUGAUGACAUGGUCAAAGCCGUAUGGGCAAUUUAUAAACACAAAUCAUCCACAAAUUCAGAUCCAUAUCAUGAGUGGUGUUCACCAGCUUAUUGUGGUUUUUGGAAAGCGCUUGAGAAAGGUAUCAGCAAUUAG